UUUUCUUUAUAUAGCAACAGGAAGAGGGAAAUUUCUUCAUGAAGUUGUCCAAUUAGAAAAGUGACCUGUUUGCUAAAACGUGCGCCGCACGUUCUUUCAACCAAUUCACAAAAACUAACACCAAAAUCUCCUCCUCUGCUUUCCAUCAAAAGAGCAAAACUUUUCCUAAUUCCUUCUUUGUCUGCAGAAUCCCUUUCCUUCUCCAAACAUCAAACUUUGCAUUAUUUUCCCUUCUUUCACCUUCCCUUCAUCCUCAUCUAAAUUUCCUCGAGUUUCAUAUAACCGACCCCAACUUGUUUUAGAAUAACACAAUUACAUUGUUGCAUGGUCGUUUGCGUAAGAUAUUUUUAAUUUUGCUUGAAUUCAGAAAGAUGGUUCGAGCAGCGCUUGAGGAAGCAAAAGAAAUGUGCAAGGCUAGGUUGUUGCAUUUCAAAGGGAAGUCUGAAGAUGUAACCGGACAGGAAACAAGAAGUGUGAUUAUCGAGACCAAUAAUAGCAACGAUUCAUUAUUGGCUUCAGGGGAGGAAAGGGUCACGUCGAAAAGUGAAGCUUCAAUGCCUUUAAAUGCUCAACCUGUUGAAUUUCAAAAGACUGGGGGUGUACUUAGUCGGAGCAAUUCUAUCAAGUUGCGUUUGGACAAUGAUUCGUCUGCUGUCUCUAGCCCACGCCCGAAGCAGAGCCAACCUUCAGAUAUGGAGCUGAUGAAGGAGAAGUUUGCAAAGUUGCUGCUUGGAGAGGAUAUGUCUGGUGGGGGAAAGGGUGUGUCUUCGGCACUGGCCUUGUCAAAUGCAAUCACAAACCUAGCAGCUUCUGCCUUUGGGGAGCAGAAGAGAUUAGAGCCUAUGCCAGCAGAUAGAAAAGCCAAAUGGAGAAGAGAAAUCGAUUGGCUGUUAUCUGUAUCAGAUCAUGUUGUUGAAUUUGUUCCUUCUAAACAAAUAUCAAAAGAUGGAACAUGCAUGGAGGUUAUGGUGACAAAGCAGAGGACUGAUCUUCAAGUGAACAUUCCAGCAUUACGCAAGCUAGAUGCUAUGCUUCUUGAUUGCUUAGAUAGCUUUAAAGACCAAAAUGAGUUCUCCUAUAUAUCAAAGGAUGACGAAUCACAGGACGGGAGGAAAGAUGACAAAUGGUGGAUACCCACUCCAAAAGUUCCCCCUAAAGGCCUGUCCGAUGUUACAAGAAAAUGGCUGCAAUUUCAGAAGGAUUCAGUCAACCAAGUUCUUAAAGCAGCCAUGGCGAUAAAUGCUCAAGUCCUGUUAGAAAUGGAAAUCCCUGAAAGUUACAUUGACUCGUUACCUAAGAAUGGGAGAGCAAGUCUUGGAGAUGCGAUCUAUAGGAGCAUCACUGAUGAAUACUUUGAUCCUGACUUCUUCCUCACAACUAUGGACUUGACUUCAGAACAUAAAAUUUUAGACCUAAAGAACAAACUUGAGGCUUCUGUAAUUAUUUGGAGACGAAAGAUGACCUCUAAAGAUGGGAAGUCAGCAUGGGGUUCAGCAGUUAGUGUAGAGAAGAGAGAAAUCUUUGAAGACAGAGCAGAGACUAUCUUGCUUGUUCUUAAGCAGCGAUUCCCUGGAAUUCCUCAGUCAUCUCUAGACAUUAGCAAAAUUCAAUACAACGGGGACGUGGGGCAAGCUAUUUUAGAAAGCUAUUCAAGAAUAAUAGAGAGCAGAGCACACACAGUCAUGUCACGGAUUGAAGAUGUUCUCCAAGCAGAUGCUAUGGCCCAAAAUCCUUCAAGUACUGAAGUAAAGAGGUCUCCUCUAAGAGAUUCACUACGCGUAUCACCAUCAGGAAAAUUCCCAAAUGCUAGGGAAGAAGUAGAAAAGCUUAAUGCUGCAGAUAAUCCAACUUCAAUGACACUGUUAGAUUUCAUGGGUUGGACAGUGGAACAAGGAGAAAAUGACACAAAGAAAGAUUUGAAGGAUGACAUAGACAUUGAAGCAAAGAAACCACCUAAUAUAGUCACAAACAAGAAAAUUUCUUACUUAGAUAACUUAGUUGGUGCUAGAAGUCCAACGGCACGCCACUAAAUGAGAUCGCUGCAGAAAACUGAUCAACUCAUCAGAGGCAAGUAGGAGGAAUUCAUUAAAGACACGAUCAUCGUCAAAUGUACAUACUGAGAUGAAUCACACACACCUAGGAUUUCACUGUCAUUCCUGUUGUAAAUAGGGAAUAUAUAGUUAGUAGACUUGCUGGUGUGGCACAUUUUGAAAUGAUUUACUCUGCAGAAGAUGUCACCUCGUUGAGAAAUGACCAUGGAAAUUAUGGACCUUUUGUAGUCCAUUCUUACCUUGGAUAGCCUCUGCUAAAAGAGUUCUAAAUUCUGCAACUUGGAGUUUAUAUGGCGUAUAGUAUAAUCAUUUGGUUUUAAAGCAA